AUGGGGAGCAUUGAAGUGUCCACCCAAGUGGUCGAACGCCCUCCAUCCUGGCAGAAGUCGGUUCACGAGUAUCUCGCCGAGAACGACCUAAAAUGCAAGAAGGCAACGCCAUUGCAAGGAGGAGCAUCUGCUUACAUCUGGAAACUGGAAGGUCUCGCACCUAAAAGACCAAGCUCGAGGCCAACACUGCCACUUCGCUCGAUCUCUCAGGCAUGCAUCAUGAAAUAUGGCGAUGACACUGCCAAAAGUGUCGCAGGGAUAAAGAUGUCGCCAGAUCGGAUGUCCAAUGAGGCUCAAGCAAUGAACUCAGCAACACUCGCACGCGUAUGUGCGGAAGAGCCCAGCGUCGAAAUCCCACGCCUCGUCAGCAGUACAGAUCAAGCGGUCAUCAUGAGCUGGGCCGGUGAGACAGAUCUCAGAUCUGCAUAUAUCAAAGAUCAGACUUUGGAUGCUCGGGAUGCUGGAUCACGGAUAGGUCGAUGGGCUGCUGUAAUGCAUCGUGCUGGUCGCGGGAAUCCAGAUCAGGAGCAAUGGGAUAGCACCACGAGGGACUCGGUCCUCAAGUUGGAGGAACAUCAUCUUCGAACCAGACUUUCUGAAGACCCCAGCUUUACAUCAGAGGAUAUCGAGAGGGCGGCUGCCGCAUUUCAUGCUCCAGAUGAAGUUCGCACUCUGACAGCAUACGACUUCCGACCGAUGAAUACGCUUCUGAGGCCAAGCGACGAUACCAGCCGACCACUCAUUACAGUAGUUGACUGGGAAAUUGCCGGUUAUGGAGACCCAGCCUUCGACCUUCGGAUGUGGAUCGCUGAGGCAAUCGUGACUGAAGCAAAAUAUGGCGGCGAGAGAGGCCUGUUGGAAGGCUUCUUGACUGCCUAUCGUCAACAGGCAGGGGAGAUCAUCGCGGAUACGGCGCUCUUGUGCAGGGUGACUAUCCUCGUAGGGUCGAUGUGGGAAUUUCUCAUGCCAUGCUCGAUCUGGGACUGCACCGAGGCCGAUGCAGAGUAUUUUCGAAAGACAGGGCGAGAGUAUAUCCGUGCGGGCAUAGAUGCUGAUCUCGAUUGGUUAUCGAAAAGCAGCCUGGCGUCGUUAUUACAGUAA